AUGUCCCCCCUCAACAAGGAAUCUAAUGAACCGAUAGCCAUCAUUGGAUUAGGUUGUCGAUUCCCUGGAGCAAAGUCGCAAUCUCAACUAUGGGAUCUGCUCUGCAAACCGCGAGAUAUUGCGAAGAAGAUUGAUCGUUUCAACACCGACCGGUUUUACCAUCCAGAUGGGUCGCACCAUGGCACUACCAACGUCAAAGAAGCUUAUUUCCUAGACGACGAUGUCAGUCAGUUUGACUCGGCGUUUUUUGGUAUUCCCCCAGCAGAGGCGUCAGCUAUGGACCCCCAGCAUCGUAUUCUAAUGGAGACCGUCUAUGAGUCACUUGAAGACUCAGGUAUGACGAUUGCGGAGUUGCAAGGUUCAGAUACCGCCGUCUAUGUGGGAAUCAUGUGUAUGGACUAUUACAUCUUGCAUGGUCUGGACUACAACAGUAUCCCCACUUACAAUCCGACUGGAAUCGCCAAUGGCAAUGCUUCCGCCCGAAUUGCAUAUUAUUUCGACUGGCACGGACCAUGUAUGACCAUUGAUACAGCUUGCUCGUCCAGUCUUGUAGCCGUCCACCUGGCUAUUCAGGCCCUCAGAGCAGGGACUUCACGGGUUGCUGUGGCUGCCGGGUCAAAUUUACUCAUCUCUCCACUGGGGUUCAUCUCCGAGAGUAAACUCAAGAUGCUUUCACCGACAGGUCGUUGUCGAAUGUGGGACGAAGCUGCUGACGGGUACAGCAGAGGUGAGGGAGUCGCGGCGCUGGUGCUGAAGACACUGAGCGCCGCGCUGGCGGACGGAGAUCACAUUGAGUGCGUCAUUCGUGAAACGGGGUUGAAUCAGGAUGGACGAACAAAGGGAAUCACCAUGCCAAGCGGUGCCGCACAGGCGGCUUUGAUUCGUGACACGUACGCCCGAGCUGGUCUUGAUCUCCAUAAAAAGACCCAUCGACCUCAGUAUUUUGAGGCUCACGGGACUGGUACUCCCGCCGGAGAUCCACAAGAGGCGGAAGGUAUCGACACCGCUUUCUAUUCAGACAGCGAUCCUGACACAGCAGAGAAUACUCUCUUGGUCGGAUCCAUCAAGACAGUCAUUGGUCACACUGAGGGCACAGCUGGAAUCGCUGGCAUUAUCAAAGCCUGCUUGGCCAUCAAAUAUGGCUCGAUCCCGCCAAAUCUGCAUCUUCAGAACCUUUCAUCAUCCAUCAAACCAUUCUAUAAGCAGUUGGAGCUCGUCACUUCUCUGAAGCCAUGGCCUAAUACUCCUGUUGGGACACCCCGACGAGCCAGUGUGAACAGCUUUGGAUUUGGGGGAACCAAUGCUCACGCCAUUCUUGAGAGUUACGAACACCUCGACUACACUUCUGAAAACUUUGUCUUUGACCAUGAAAUGAUAACAUCAGAACGAAUUUGCUCCAUUUUGCCUUUCGUGUUCUCAGCGCCUUCGCAAAAUUCUCUUCAAGCUAUCCUGGAAAGUUACAAGAUCUACCUCCACACACCUAAGGUCAAGGAUUUGCGUUCCCUUGCUUACACUCUCGCUUGUCGCCGAUCGAGCUUCUCUCACAAGGCCUUUUUCACUUCCGUAAAUCAGCCAGACCUGAUAGCCAAGAUAGAAGAAGCCAUCGCUUCUGGUGUCGAUAAGAGCAGCACAUAUUCAGUAUCCGCGAUCGAUAGACGGCCUUCCACCCUUGCAAUUUUCACUGGUCAGGGAGCGCAGUGGCCAAAGAUGGGCCUGAACCUGAUACAAGCAUCCUCUCUGGCACGUCGCAUUAUCCAUGAGCUCGACGAUUCUUUGGCAUCACUUCCAGAGGCUGAUCGACCAAAUUGGACAAUUAUGACCGAAUUGGAACGUGGAAGCGGCGAAAGUCGUCUCGGAGAAGCUGCGAUUGCCCAGCCUCUCGUUGCUGCGGUUCAAAUUCUCCUGGUCAAUCUUCUACGCCUUGCCGGUGUGGUCCUACACACGGUUGUUGGCCAUAGUUCGGGAGAGAUCGCUGCAGCAUAUGCGAGUGGUUUCAUCAGUCAGUCGGACGCUAUACGCAUUGCGUAUUAUCGUGGCUUCCACAGUAGCAAACAUACCAAGGCCGGUGCAAUGUUGGCUGUUGGGACGUCUUUGGAGGACGCCGAAGAACUAUGCAGUCUCGAAGACUUCAAAGGAAAGAUUGUCGUAGCGGCUUCCAAUUCGGCGACAAGCAUCACUGUCUCGGGGGAUGUCGAAGCGGUCAAGCACGCGCACAUCAUUUUCCAAGAGGAAGGCAAAUUCUCCAGAAUCCUCCGGGUUGACAAGGCCUACCAUUCGCAUCAUAUGAAACCGGCGGCCGAGCCUUUCCUAGAAAGUCUCAAAGCCUGUGAAAUCGCAGUUUUGGCAAGAGAUUCAUCAAAACAUUACCCAGCGUGGUUCUCGAGUGUACGUCCAAAAGGGGAGGCCAUGAGUCGCAAUGAUGCCCUCAAUGGCCAGUAUUGGGUCGACAACUUGAAUAGCAGGGUCUCAUUCUCUCAGGCCCUUGAGACGGCCAUUUAUCACGGCUUGAACGAUGCCGUCGAUGUUGUCAUAGAAGUAGGACCUCACCCGUCCCUUAAGUCACCCGCAACAGAGACCAUUGAAAGAAUCAUGGGUACUACAGUCCCGUAUACAGGUACACUGGCACGAGGACACGAUGAUGUUGAGGCAUUUUCGGCCAGUCUGGGUUUUGUAUGGAUUCAUGGUGGAGACGUAGAGUUUGAAAAGCUGCAAAACUCCUUCCACGCAGACAGCGGUCGUCAUAGCACUAUCACACUCCUCAAAGAUCUCCCUACCUUUCCGUGGAGCCAUGACCGCCAAUUGUGGUCGGAGUCAAGAUACGGGAUUCUUGGACGUCAACAACGUGGCCAAUUCCAUGACUUGCUUGGAACACGAACGCCUGAUGGCACAGAUGAGGAGUGGCGCUGGCGCAAUGUCUUGAUUCCGAAAGAUCUUUCUUGGCUACCAGACCACGCCUUGCAGGGUCAAACGGUGUUUCCUGCGACGGGAUAUAUUGCUCUCGCCAUGGAAGCUGGCAUGCAGGUCGCCGCCGCUCAAGCUGAGUCCCAAAAGCGGGAAGUUGUUCUUCUGGAGCUAACAGAGCUCAAUAUUCGCAAAGCCAUUGCAGUCGAUGGAAAUGGGACAGAGACAUUAUUUUGUCUGACAAGGAUCUCCCGUGCAGACGACAUCAUUGCGGCCGCCUUCUCCUGCUUCUCGACCGUCAGCAAAGAUGCUGCCGCACGACUUAUUCUGAACGCAACAGGGGAGAUUCAAAUACAACUGGGCAAGGUUGACCCAAGCAUAUUGUCCCCACGUGCCCCUGCACCUCUUGGCUUGGUACCCGUUGACCCAAAGUAUUUCUAUGACGAGGUUGACAGGAUUGGAUACAAUUAUGGACCAGCAUUCCGAGGUAUCACUACCAUGAAGCGCAAACUUGGCUUUUGCAGUGGUACCAUCAAGGUGCCUCCCACUAAAGGGGCCGAGACACAACUUCUAUUUCAUCCUGGUAUGCUAGACGCUGCUUUGCAGGGCAUGAUGUGCGGAUUCAGCUCCCCAGGAGACCGUCGUCUCUGGGCUUUGCAUGCACCGUCGACCUUCAAGAGUAUCUCACUUGUUCCAAGUCUUUGUGGCGCCAAUACAACAGAGCAGGUUCACUUCGACACGUUGAUCACCGAGUGCCCGCCCGGUCAAAAUAGGCUCACAGGUGAUGUGGAGGUAUUCCAGGGCGACGAGAUGGGCUUCAAGUCCAUAUCGAUCGAGGGUGCCACAUUCAUACCUUUCACUGAAGCCAAUCAAUCCAAUGAUAUCGACCUCUUCUCCCACACAGUGUGGGACGUAGAAGAUCCCGACGGCAGCCUAGUCCUAGAUGAGUAUCGCGCGACGAAGUCAGAGGUUCAUGCAGCUAUGGACGCAGAACGUGUCGCAUACUACUAUUUGCGUACUAUUCACCAGUCUAUCACAGCGGAAGAGCGUUGUGCUCUGGAUAUACCCACUCAUCUGCAAAUGCAAGUCGAUUUUGCCGACCAUGUAUGCAACCAGGUCCGUCUAGGAGAUCAUCCAUACAUAAACGUCGAUUGGAAUGCCGAUACGUGCGACGGAAUACAGGCAAUCAUACAAAGAUAUAACAGAAACGAUCCAGACUUCAUCCUUAUCAAGGCGGCCGGAGAAAAUUUGCCCGGCGUAAUUCGUGGUCAAACAACAUAUUUGGAGCACCUGACAAAGGAGAAAAGGCUCGAGAACUACUACAAAGAUGGGCUUGGCUUGGUACAACUGGAUCGUCAGAUCGGUGAGAUGGUGAAACAGAUCUCUCAUCGAUAUCCUCAGAUGAAUAUUCUUGAAAUCGGAGCCGGUACAGGGAGCGCAACGGAGCAGAUCCUCUCGCGGCUCAGUACAGCCUUCAUGCUCUAUACCUUUACAGAUAUUUCUGGCGGCUACCUGGAGAAGGCCCAGGAUGACUUUUCAGCUUUUAAAGAUCGAAUGAUCUUCAAGACGCUGGACAUCAGCAGUGAUCCAGUGGAGCAGGGGUUCUUAGCCGGCUCAUAUGAUCUGGUCGUGGCGGCCAACGUCCUCCAUGCAACCUCGGACAUUAGGUCAGCAACACGAAACGUUAGAAAGCUCCUGCGGCCGGGGGGAUAUCUCGUGUUGAUGGAAGUGACGGAUACAAAUCCCAUACGUCACAGUCUUAUCUUUGGCGGCCUCCCUGGCUGGUGGCGUGAGCAUGCGAACCAGACGCAGUUCAAAUGUGUGUCACUCGACCAGUGGGACGAAGUACUCCUCAAGUCCGGCUUCAGUGGCAUCGACACCUCUACUCCCGUUCUUGACCCGGUAGUUAUGCCAGGGAGCAUCAUCGUUUCUCGGGCCACCGACAAAGAUGUUGCGGCACUGAUGGAUCCGCUGAACCUUGGGAUUAUGACGGUUCGUGACAAGCUCGACAAGGCAUCAAACCUGUCCCGGACCGUUGUGAUCAUCGGGGGCAAUCGCACAAAUGUCACGGAACACCUUGUGUCUCACCUUGUGCAAAUAUUGCAGCCUUAUCACUGUGAGUCCCAUCUACAGCGCGGGAUUAUUCAUGCGAGGUCAUGGGAGGAACUUGACUUGAAGACGAUCUCAGGCAAAGAACCAUAUAGCAUCAUCAGCUUGAGCGAUCUGGACUUGCCAUUCUGGAACGGAAUCACCCAUGGUCGAUUCGAGAAGCUGAAAGCAGUUCUUUUGGGUGCUGGGUGUCUACUCUGGGCGACCUGGGGCUCUGAUGGAGACAAUCCUGAUGGCGCGAUGACUCAAGGCUUCUUCCGCUGCCUGCAUCAUGAAUUGCCAGAAAUACCUUUACAAAUCAUCGACUUUGAGAAGUUUCCGGACGACACAGCCGCCAUAGAUUGCAGAUCCCAAUCUGAGUUUUUGGCUGGAAGGCUCUUGCGCCUCGAACACACAGCAAGCCAAUAUAAGUCUAGGGCUAUGAGAUAUAUGACAGCCGAUGAAGAUGGACAUGGGGAAGGAUCGUUGCUGUGGACUCUGGAGCCGGAGAUUCGAGUGCGCCAAGGGCGUUCGUUGAUUCCAAGGCUGUACCCAGACAUGGAGAGAAACCUUCGGUACAAUGCUAUCAAGCGAGAUAUCCUCCAAGAGGUUGAUCUCGACAAGGCCAUUGUAACCGUCCAUUGGGAUUCACACAAGAACAAAUACGCCACACGAGAGGAGGUUGAGCAGUCUACGGUACCACAUAUUUCUGGCCAUAGGAGGGUUCGAGUGACGUCUUCCUUGCUCGCGUCAGUCCAUUUUGGCGCCGUCGGUCGCCUUUUUUGCUCAUUGGCCAUCGACCUUGACACCGCGGAGCAGGUGCUGGUCGCCUCCACGAAGCGUUCUUCUGCCAUGUCCGUCCCUGAAGACUGCACAGUAAUCGUCGAGAUGGGACGGGGCAUUGAUGCGCAGUACUUGUCAUUCCUUUCAGGUUAUCUUCUCAGUCGAUACGUUGUAUCUCUGGUUUCCCCUGGCGCCAUACUUGUUGCAUAUGAUGUCGAUCCCGGGUUGGGCUCUCUGCUCUCCCGUCAGCUCACUGACAAGAGGUGCAAGGUCCUUUUCAUUGAGUCGUCUGUUUCCACUACAAGCAAAAAUGUGUUGGUUCAGAGUCGGAGAAAUCGGAUUACUGUUCAUCCACGGAUCAUGGAUCGCCAGCUCCGAAAUCUGCUACCCAUAGACGCUGCCAUCUAUAUCGACUUUUCACGAAUACCUUCCUCUGGAUCACGGCAGAAUCUAUCCGACUCUUCCUCCUUGGGUAACAGGAUCGCAUCUUUGCUUCCCGAUCUCUGUAGCAAACACAACGCAUCCUUAGUCAUCGCGAGAGAGAGUUUAGUCGAACCAUCCAUGGUAGCUGAGCACUUAGACACGAUCAAGCAGAUCCUUCACGAUGCAAACGAAUUUGCAUCGGCGCAGCUCAAUGGAGUUCCCGACGGCAUGCCUCUGCGUAUGGUCUCCGUGUCCGACUUGGUCUUGAAAGAUAAUCAUGACGGAGACGAACAGCAGCAGGACUUGAAGAGCAUCAUUCACUGGCCAGCAAAGGUUCCAGUGCGCGUUCAGCCCGUGGAUCAUCGCAAGGAUCUAUUUGUAGGUGAUAAGACCUACUGGCUUAUCGGCUUGGCCGGAAACAUGGGCCGGUCCUUAUGCGAGUUCAUGGCCCAGCACGGCGCUCGCCACGUGGUUCUUACGAGCCGCAACCCCAAGGUGGACGAGCAAUGGAUUGAGAGUCUGCGUCGACAGUGGGGGCUUACCGUUGCCGUUCUAAAGGGCGAUGUAUCUUCUCGGGAUGACAUCCGACGUGUGCAUCGCGAGAUUAUCGCCACAAUGCCGCCCACUGCAGGCGUGGCUAAUGGCACAUUGGUGCUGCGUGACAAAGGGCUUGUGAACAUGGAUCUAGACACAUUCCAUGAGAACACGCGUUGUAAGGUUGAGGGCUCCAUGUACCUCGAUGAAAUCUUCUCGGAUAACACGCUAGACUGGAAGUUCAUCGCAUUCUCUUCAAUUGUGGCUAUCGUUGGAAACAUGGGCCAAAUGGCCUACAGUGCCGCCAACACUUUCAUGAAAGCUCUAGUCUCACAAAGACGAAAGCGUGGCCUUGCAGGAUCUUCUAUCGACGUCUCUCACAUUCUGGGUGUCGGCUACGUCGAGCGAGAGCUCAUGGCCAUGCCGACGCAGCAAGCUCGUGACCACGCAGUCCGUCUCAUGAAUCACUCUGGAACGAUUGUGAUGUCCGAGCCGGAUUUGCACCAGUUAUUCGCAGAGGCCAUCAUUGCCGGAAGACCGAGCCCAAGCAACAAUUCGGGGCCUGAGAUCGUGACGGGCAUCAAGACAGUUUCUCGUGAUGAGUUGUCCGAGGUUAUUUGGAGGAACCAGAUCAGGCUCAGCCACUUCAUUCGACACUCCCAGACCUCGACCGCUCCCGCGGCUGGCUCGGCAACGAGGGCGGAAACCGCAAGUAUCAAAGAACGUUUGGAAACUGCGCGAGACGAUGGGGAGUUUCGCGAGAUAAUCCAAAAUGGUCUGAUAAACAAACUUAAAAGUGGCAUGAUGUCUGGUGAAGGCAACUUAAGUGUCACCACAUCCUUAGUGGAUCUGGGAGUCGACUCUCUGGUUGCCGUCGAAGUUAGGACCUGGUUCUCUCAAGAGAUAGCGUUCGAUGUGGGAGUCCUGAAGAUACUGAGCGGAGUAUCUAUUGAAGACCUGGUUGAUGAUGCAGUGCAAAGUCUUCUUUCCCACAUUGGGGAUAGAAGGGCCUCUGAGUCGGAAUCUGGUGCCAGCAGUGACAGCACAAUGCAGUCGGACGACAGUGCUGUGUUGGGUGAAUUACUGUCACCAGUCACAACGUACGAUGCAGGCCAACAAGUCAAGAGCGUAUAA